AGAAGAGUAUUCCGAUCACUGUAAAUGAUAAAGGUUCAGUGUUCUGGUUGGCCCCGGCUUACUUUGUCUCAUACUGUUCAGUCCAAGUAUCAAAGUUUCCAUUUGAUACACAAACAUGCGAGAUUGUCAUUUCAGGAUGGAUGCUCACUAAAGACAUCGUCAAACUAGCUGUUCUUGGUGAUGAAAUUACAUUUAGACAAUAUGAAGAGAACGGUGAAUACGAAAAAAUUAGGUCAUAUAUACGUGUUAUCAGCGUUUCAAUGCAUCAUUCGGAGGUUGAAUAUCUUGUGUUUGGGUUAGAGCUUAAGCGAAAGUAUUCCUACUACUUGGUGAACAUCGUACUUCCGGUAUUCUUCAUACAGUUACUUGGUAUAGUUGUUUUUGCUGUACCGACGGAUUCCGGUGAAAAGCUGACAUUUUCUCUGACAUUGUUGUUGUCAUUGACGGUGAUGAUGACAUUGAUAGCGGACAAAAUACCCUCAACGUCGUUACAGAUACCCAUGUUAAGCAAGUACCUACUCGGUGGGUUAGUCAUCAGCAGCUUAGAGCUUAUAGUGACUGUGAUAAUUCUUCAUUUCAAACACUCGAAGGUCAAAGAUGUAAACAUGUCUAGAAGAAUGCAAGCCUUUGCAAACGGACUUGCAUCCAUAACCUUCAACAGGAAAAGAGGAUGUACAAGACAACCAAAGGUCCUUACAACAGAUUCGGAUAUCAAGCCGACACUUGUGUUCAGAAGAAUUUUGACAGGAGAAAGUCAAAUUGAUAUCAAGCCGACACUGUGUUAG